AUGGCGUCCGACGACAACACAAAAACCAUCGCCGAAGACGAAUUCAGCGAAUUGCGCGAUGAUGAUAAUCUCAACGACAACAAACAAGUUGCUCUUGCCCAGCAGGACUUGGACCAUCGCCUUACCAAAUGGCAGGCGGUGAAGGCAUACCCGCAAGCAUGCAUAUACAUCUUGAUCUUGGUGUGGUCGCUUAUCACGGUGGGAUAUGAGAACCAGGCUUCGGGUAUCAUUGUUUCGAUUCCGGCUUUCAGAAAAGACUUUGGAUACGCUUAUGUCAGUGAUGGCGAAACUCAGUAUGUUUUGGAUGCGCUGUGGCAGUCGGCCAUUACCGGAGGUGCUACUGCUGCCUUGGUGUUCGGUUCUUUCAUGUCCACCACUAUAGUGGACUAUGUUGGCAGAAAAUGGAUUAUGACCGUGGGUGUCAUUGGCACUAUUGCGUUUGUGGGUGUGGAGUUUGCUGCAACCACCAUCCAGGUCUUUUUUGUUGGGAAGUUUCUCAAUGCUUUUCUUUUGGGUGUUAUUCAAACCAUAGGUGCAUCCUAUGUCGCUGAGUUGACUCCUUUGGCUUUGAGAGGAAUUUGCACAACCACAUUGAAUCUUGCAUUCUGUGUCGGCCCGUUCAUUUGCAUGCUUGUUGCAUUAUUCACUUCUCCGAGAGACGACCGCUGGGCUUACCGUGCCGUUUUCUGCUCCCAGUGGUUUUUCUCUGUCACUUCUUCGAUACUUUUGUUUUUUCUUCCAGAGUCACCUUACCACCACGUUUUGAAAGGCAACGACGAAAAAGCCCUUCGCUGCUUGAGAAAAUUUCACCCUGACGGCUCGGCCGAGUCUCAGCUUGCUGUGAUCCGUGCUACUGUCGAUGAAGCUAAGGAAUUGUCGCAGUCCGGUUCUUGGUUUGAGGUGUUCAACAAAAAGAACAUCAAGAGAACGAUCAUUGCCAUUGCUCCGUUCUUGAUGCAGCCUCUCAGUGGUUUGCCUUAUGUGAUGUCUUACCAAACAUACUACUUCCAGAAUGCCGGAAUAACGACUCGUGAAUCCUUCCAGAUCAGUUGUGGAGCCCAGGCUCUUUCUGUCACGGGAACGCUCUUGUCGCUUUUCAUGGUGGAUCGUUUUGGCAGAAGAUUCAUUCUUCUUUACGGAAUGGUGGCUCUUGCGGUCUUGAACCUUUUGAUUGCCUCUUUGGGUUUGAACAGAAACAGUCAGCAACUUCUUCUUGCUUCCUCGGCCUUCUUGACAAUGUACAAUUUCUUCUACAAUUCGGGAAUUGGUCCAAUUGCUUACGUAUUUGCCACAGAGAUCCCUACAUCCAGGUUGCGUGCCAAAACCGUUGCCGUUGGUGUUGCUUCUUCCAACUCCGUCAAUACCAUGUGGUCUUUUGUUCUUCCAUACAUGUUCAAUGCCGAUCAGGCCAACAUGGGUUCUGCAAUCAACUUUAUCUUCGCUGGCUGCUGCUUCAUUUCGGUGAUUCUUUUCUUUUUCUUCAUGCCCGAGGCCUCUGGAAGGUCCUACGAAGAGAUUGACGAGAUGUUCAUGGCCAAGGUGCCCUACAGAAAGUGGCCUUCCUACACCACCUCGGUUUCCGCUGAAGGAAAACAGGUUAUUUUGGAGCAAACCAAGGGAGAAACAGAGCACGUCGAGGAGGCCAAAAAAGAGUUUGUGACUGAGGAGAAACGCGAUAUAGUUUGA